AUGGUUGAGUUGAGGGAAUACCCAGGGAAGAAUAUUGGCGUUCGUGCGCUAGCUAAUUUCCAACGGGAGGACAUUCUGGACUUCUCUGAUGACGGCCGUGAUCAGUGUUAUCCUCUCACUCAAUUUCCCAACGAGAAUGCAAAUGCUGGUGGUGUUGCAGAGAUUCUUCCUCACUUCAAGGUCAACUGGACUCGGUCUGUCAAUCACUCGUGCCAGCCUUCAUGUUCUCCAAAAUCUUGA